UUGGAAGGUGCAAAAAGAGGAGGUUUUCUCGGCGGAUUGAAAGGAUUGGCAAAUGGUUUAGCAGGUGCUGUUGCCAAACCAGUCAGUGGUGUUUUGGAUGCAGGAGCAGGAUUGAUAGGAAGUGCCGCAAGAGCUUUGGAUGAUUCUAUGAUUUACAAGGUAGAUAUUAAUAAAAUCAAACUUCCCAAAGUUUUCUUGAGAACAGGUGAUGAAAUCAUUAUCAGCAAGAUCUAUAAGCAACUUUGCAUUGAUGGAAGAGCAGACACGAUAAUUGCUGUGUCUCCUUUCAAUCAAAUCGGCAACGUAAGGAUAUUAGUCGUUCCAAGAAGAAUUGUUUUGUUUACUGUCAGAUAUGAACAGUUUUAUAUUGUACAAUGUGUGAAAGGAAGAAAAAUUGCAUUCGUCAGAAACGAAGGAGCAAAAGUUAUUGUUAAAUACGAAGGUACUGAUCCAACAAUUGUUAACUUCGAGAAUUCCGAUGAAGCGGAAGUUUUUGCUUCUUUAAUCAUGUCUAUACAAAGAAUGGAUGUUUUGUUUAAUAAUUAA